UAAAUAACCCACCAAAAGAAAAAGAAAAAAUUAAAAUAAACUUCCAUUGAAAUAUUGAAGAAAGCUUGGCCUGUCUGUCUUCUAAGCUCAAAUCCCUUUCUCUCACUAUAGAGUAUUUAUUGUAAUAAUGAGAGUAAAUACAGAAACUGUUCUUUAUCUACAUGAGUUUCAUAUCUUCUCUCUGUUCAACUCUUUCUGUCAGAAGAACAAGAUGAUUAUGACCAAAUUGCUAUAAGAAUAAACUCAAACCCACCCAUAUAUAUUAUUGGUAGAUCUAUUCAUUUAUAAACUUUUGGAAAAAAAAAUUCUUCUUCUUUCUGAUUGGGAGAUAAGAGAGAUGAACAAUCUGGUGAGUUAUCUUGAGCCAGAUUACUCUGAGUUUGUUGAAGUUGAUCCUACUGGAAGAUAUGGAAGAUAUAAUGAAGUUCUGGGUAAAGGAGCUUCAAAGACUGUUUACAGAGCAUUUGAUGAAUAUGAAGGCAUCGAAGUAGCAUGGAACCAAGUCAAGCUCUACGACUUCUUACAAAGCCCUGAAGAUCUCGAGAGGCUUUACUGUGAGAUCCAUCUCCUCAAGACCCUUAAACACAAGAACAUCAUGAAGUUCUACACCUCUUGGGUCGAUACCUCUAACAGAAACAUCAAUUUCGUCACUGAGUUGUUCACUUCCGGCACCUUAAGACAGUAUAGACUAAGGCAUAAGAGAGUGAACAUAAGAGCGGUGAAACACUGGUGCAGACAAAUCUUGAGAGGGUUACAUUAUCUACAUAACCAUGACCCUCCUAUAAUCCACAGAGAUCUCAAAUGUGACAACAUUUUCGUCAACGGCAAUCAAGGCGAGGUCAAGAUUGGUGAUCUUGGCCUCGCCGCCAUUUUAAGAAAGUCCCACGCUGCUCACUGCGUAGGGACACCUGAGUUCAUGGCUCCUGAAGUGUACGAAGAAGCGUAUAACGAACUGGUUGAUAUAUACUCUUUUGGUAUGUGCAUUCUAGAAAUGGUAACGUUUGAUUAUCCUUACAGCGAAUGCACACACCCUGCUCAGAUCUACAAGAAAGUUAUGUCGGGGAAGAAGCCAGAUGCAUUGUACAUGGUGAAAGACCCUGAGGUUAAAUACUUCAUAGAGAAAUGUUUGGCUACUGUAUCUCUUAGAGUCUCGGCUCGUGAGUUACUAGAUGAUCCUUUCUUUCGAAUAGACGAUGGUGGGUUUGAUUUGAGAUCAGUUGAUGUGGAUUAUCCGGUGGCGCCGCCGCUAGUUAGGCAGCCUCAUCAUCUUGCUGACUACUACAACUAUCCGUCGAAUAGUAGCUUUUUGAAUCGCCAGUAUUCAAAUGGUUACCAUGAGUAUCAAAGCGGAUGGGCUUAUAAUCCAGGUGAGACAGAGGAGACUCAUGGAAUCGAGCUCUUUGAGUGUCGAAACGGAAAUGAUCAAGAAGAAGACAAGAGUUCUGGUAAUGUUGAUAUAAGUAUCAAAGGGAAGAGAAGAGAUGAUGGUGGCUUGUUCUUGCGUCUUAGGAUCACAGACAAAGAAGGGCGUGUCCGGAACAUUUACUUUCCAUUUGACAUCGAAACAGACACUGCACUGAGCGUUGCUACGGAAAUGGUAGCGGAGCUUGACAUGGACGACCAUGGAGUUACAAAGAUAGCCAACAUGAUUGACGGCGAGAUAUCUAGGCUUGUACCUAGUUGGAGACCUGGACCUGAGUUUGAAGAAUCUCUUGCGGCUGCUGCAGCUGCUGCAAAUGCGAACAUUUGCAGCAACUGCGUGUCCAACCGCACUUCAAUGGGCUCGGUGAUGGAUUUCUUGAGGACCAAUCCUGGAGCAAACGUUGCACAGUGUUGUCGAAACGGGUGCGGUGAGACACAUGGACGCUUUGAAGAGAUUACGAUAAGAGAAACCGAGGUUAGGCUUCGAGAGAUAUGGAAGCUGCAGCAACAGCAGGAGAGUCGAGAGCUUAGCUCGAUAGACUCGGGACAGAACCAUUCAGAAGAAGAAGAGGAAGAAGUGUAUGAGGAUCCUGAAAUAACGUUUUCUUGUGAGGCGAGUAACACGCUAAACCAUCUAACCGGGUCUGGUUCGUUCUCCUUUUUACCGUCUCUAUACUGUGAUGAGGUAGAGAAAUCUGAAGACCAGGUCCAACGAGAGUUCAGAUGGCUUAAAGCUAAGUGUCAGAUGGAUAUAAGAGAGAUGCAGGAUGAACAGUUGAAGUCCAUGUGGUCGGAAACAGGAGAAGAGGGUCUGAAAGAUGGAUUCUCCGGUUCGGUUUCGGGGUUGGGAAGAGGAGGAGAUGAAGAUAAGGUGAAAGAGAAGGUGUUUGGAGGAAGAUUAGUACCAAAGUGUCUUAAAAGGACAACUUCUCUUCCUGUUGAUGCCAUUGAAGCUUGAUGAUUUCUUCAUGUAUACACAUAUUAAUUGUUUGGUAUACUUAAGAUUCUUUUGGGGUUAUUCUUACAGUAAUACCAUUCGAGAAUUUAGUUUGUUAAUGCAUGCUAAUAUGCAAUAAGAUUGUAUUUAUUUAGCUCAUUUCUAAGAAUUACGGCUAAAUUUCA